UGAGGCUCUUCAGUCAUUUGACUCCAACAGCUGCUUGAAUGCCCCGAGCAACUUCUUGAUGCCUUACAUAAGAAGUUGUCAUACUGUUCCCGGAUUUGGACCAUUGUUCAGAGACAGUUUGAUUUGUCUGGUUCUGGCCUGGAAUUGUAGUUCCUCAAGCUGGCUGGACAUCAAAACCCUUUGGGAAGUUUUUCAAAAAUAGCAAUUCUCAUGUCUCACACCCCACCCCUGGAGUGGGUUCCAGGAGUCUGUGUGAUAACAAUACAAAUUUUUUUUUCCCCCAGGUGACUUGGAGACAGUUGUACUGUAGGUGAACUUUUGGGAGCCAUUGAUCCAGAACUCUCCUACCAGGGCCCCCAGCACCGAGAUGGUAAGUUGAUUCCCAAAGUGACUGGGAUCCAUUAGAGACUGAAGUGGCAGAGACCGCUGUCGGCUGUGUUCUCCACUUCUUGGAGCAGAAGCCGAGAGAGAGCAGUCUGAAGACGUCUCUUUCACACACCAGUUGAAGACCAGCCUUUGGAGGUUUCCAAAGUAGAUGGUGCGUCUCCCUUGGAUGGACCGCAUGAAGUAACAUUCUGCAAAUUGCUGUCAGAGGUCCUAGAAACACAAGUCCAUCUGGUUUCCAUUCCUCGUUGUUGAAUGGUGCUUGCUUCAGCAGCCCACUGAGGGCUCUUUUCCUAGGGAUUCUGAACUUGUAACUAGGAAUCCGAGCUGGGAAGAUGCUGAGUUCCAUCAAGUGUGUGUUGGUGGGAGACUCUGCCGUGGGGAAAACCUCUCUGUUAGUGCGCUUCACCUCAGAGACCUUCCCAGAGGCCUACAAGCCCACAGUGUAUGAAAAUACAGGUGUAGACGUCUUCAUGGAUGGCAUCCAGAUCAGCCUGGGCCUCUGGGACACAGCUGGCAAUGAUGCCUUCAGGAGUAUCCGCCCUCUGUCCUACCAGCAGGCAGACGUGGUGCUGAUGUGCUACUCCGUGGCCAACCAAAACUCCUUCCUGAACCUGAAGAACAAGUGGAUUGGUGAAGUCAGGAGCAACCUGCCCUGCACCCCCGUGCUGGUGGUGGCCACCCAGACUGACCAGAGGGAGAUGGGGCCCCACAGGGCUUCCUGCGUCAACGCCAUAGAAGGAAAGAGACUGGCCCAGGAGGUGAGAGCCAAGGGCUACCUGGAGUGCUCAGCCCUCAGCAACCGGGGGGUACAGCAGGUAUUUGAGUGUGCCGUCCGGACUGCCAUCAACCAGGCCAGGAGACACAACAGAAGGAGGUUCUUCUCCGUUAACGAGUGCAAGAUCCUCUAAACCCCAAAGACUCCACCCAGCAGUCACUUAUCGCAAAGACUAACUGGGACAGGGAGAGCAGGCAAGCCAGCAAGGGUCGAUGCUCCUUCUGGGCACGUCCUGAGCACGUCCUGAAACAGCAUAUGGGCAGCAGCAGGAAACCUUUCGGAUACAGUUGUGGAUGAGACUUGGCUACUGGAUGUUUUUACGAAAUACACUCUACCGAAGAACUCUUUGCCCAGUAUAGUUAGAAGAUCCCUUGGGGAACUGUAAUGAAUAUUCCAUCUUCGAUUACAAAACCAAAGUGGUCUCCAUGAUUUUGGAUAAUGAAGUGAGUUUUCCGAAGAAUGCCGUAUUUAAAGACACAUUGUAUUUAAUAAUAACAAAAUAAAUAGCACUGGUAUAUCAUUAGUUUUCACACUUGGAAAGUCUUUUCCUACCUACUGACAAACACAAAUUGAUGUAUGAGUGGAACGACCUUAUAGGGCCCUGCCAUAUGUUUGUAGUGUUGGUAUUUUCUUUUCUUUUCUUUGCGGUACGUGGUCCUCUCACUGCUGUGGCCUACCUCCCGUUGCGGGGCACAGGCUCCGAACGCACAGGCUCAGCGGCCAUGGCUCACGGGCCCAGCCGCUCUGCGGCAUGUGGGAUCUUCCCCGACCGGGGCACGAACCCGCUUCCCCUGCAUCGGCAGGCAGACUCUCAACCACUGCGCCACCAGGGAAGCCCCUGUAGUGUUGGUAUUUUCGUCUGAAGUAGUAAUUUUGUUGGAACCACUUGCAGGCUAGAUUUUAUUAGGUAAUCAGAUUUUAAAAUUACUGUAAACUGAUCCUUGCAAUUAAUUUUCCACCCCCUUGUUUUUCAGAGUUGUAUAUAAAAUACAGUUCAAUGACAUAAGAUACUUUAAUACUGCCUAAUGAUUUUA